AUGUUCAAUAAAUUGUUGCGGGAAGAGGCAGAUUUUACACAGAAAGGUUCUGGAUGGACGCUUAAGGUAAUAGAAACAUUACAGUUGAGAAUCAAUAUAGUGAAUCCUCUUAAAGGAGGAACAUAUAUUGAUUUACCUAAGCAUAUUAAAGAUAAAAGAGCGAUUAUUAAUGUGAAAAAUAGUGAUAAUAAAUGUUUUAAAUAUGCAUUAUUAUCCAAGUUUGAUAAUCGCUCUAAUAAAACUAAUUUUCAUGAAAAAUAUUUUAAGAUGUUAGAGUUAAAAAGUAGUUUAAAUUUUAAAUGUGUUGAUUUUCCAACACCAAUCAGUCAGAUACCUAAAUUUGAACGUAUAAACAAUAUUUCAAUAAAUAUUUAUAGUUUGAAUGACAAAAAAACUAUUUUUCCCUUGUAUGUAUGUAAUACCGAAAGAAAUGAUCAUUUUGACCUAUUUUUGUAUAAUAAUGAUGAAACAUCACAUUAUUGUUAUAUUCAUAAUUUUUCAAGAUUAAUCAGAAGUCAGAAAACGAAAAAUUGUUCGAAGCUAAUUAUUUGUAAGAGAUGUUUCACAACUUUUGGUACUCAACCGUGCAAAAGUAAGCUUUGGGGUGUAGAAGGAUUAAAUGAACAUCGACGCAAUUGUGGAAAGAAUCCGUUGGGGAGGCCUAUAAUGUUUGAAGAGGGGGAUGAUGAUUUCAUCUAUUUCAAAGGUUAUAAAAAAACGCAGAGGAUUCCAUUUGUCAUUUAUGCAGAUUUCGAAUGUAUAUUAACUCCUAAACAACCUAAUAAAUUCAUUAAUAGACUUGACUAUAGUAUUAUAUCGAAAGAGCUGGUAAAACAGUUUGAAAUUCCGACGAAAGUAAUUAUUUAUAGAGGUGAGAAAGCUGCAAAAAAAUUUAUGAAAAAUAUGAUCGAUAUUGGAAAUGAAAUUAAUAAAAUUUAUCAAAUUAAUACACCGAUGGACAAAUUAACUGAUAAAGAGGAACAACGUUUUCAAAGAACCAAGUUCUGUCAAAAAUGUUCAAAACAUUUUAAAAACAAUAAUUUGGUUAAAGUUCGAGAUCACUGUCAUUUUACUGGCAAAUAUAGGCAAUGUCUCUGUCUUCAAUGUAAUUUCGAAAUAACUAGUCCAUCGUUCGUUCCAAUAUUCUUUCAUAAUUUAUCUUAUGAUAGUCACUUCAUAAUUCGGGAACUAGGUUGCGAUGAUAAAGAUAUUCAUAUUAUUCCUAAUUCAUCGGAAAAAUAUAUAUCCUUUAGCAAGGAAAUCGCACCUAGAUUUAGUAUUAAAUUUGUCGAUACAUUCCGUUUUAUGAGUGAGUCGCUAAGUAAACUUGCAGCCAAUUUAUCUGAAGAUAAGUUGAGGUUUAGAGAAACCCUAAAAAUAUUUUCAAUCAAAUCAUUAGAUUUAGUUACACGGAAAGGAGUCUUCCCUUACGAAUAUGUCGAUAGUUGGAGUAAAUUAGACAAUGCUUUUUUACCAUCAAAGCUUGAAUUUUAUAACUCGUUAACAGAUGAACAAAUUAGUGAUGAAGAUUAUAGACAUGCAAAAAAUGUAUGGAAUACAUUUGACGUAAAGACUUUGGGUGAAUAUAGCGAUCUUUAUUUAAAAACUGAUGUUACCAUACUAGCUGACGUGUUCGAAAAUUUUAGAGACAUAUGUUUAUCUACUCUCAGAAUAGAUCCUGCUCAUUAUUUGACUGCCCCUGGAUUUGCUUUUGAUUGUAUGCUUAAGUAUACAAAGGUUAAAUUAGAGAGGUUAAAGGAUUAUAAUAUGUUACUCUACUUCGAAAAAUCAAUCCGAGGCGGUAUUUGUCAAUCAACUAAAAGAUAUGCUAAAGCAAACAUACCAAAUAUUGAAGGAUUGGACUAUAAUUCGAAUGAACCGAUUACUUGGAUUACAUAUCUCGACUGUGUAAAUUUAUAUGGAAAGUCUAUGUUGACAGAACUACCUUUUAAAGAUUUUGAAUGGGUUGAUGAUCUCGACAUAGAUGUAACUAAAAUUUCUGAAGAUUCUGAAGUAGGAUAUAUAUUAGAAGUUGAUAUCGAGUACCCUAAACAUUUACAUAAAACCCAUAAUGAUUUUCCGUUUUUACCGUUUAACGAAUGCCCACCAAAUUCGAAAGUUGAGAAAUUGUUAACUACUCUAUCACCGAAAAAAAACUAUAUUGUACAUUACAAAAAUUUAAAACAAGCGAUUUCUCACGGUCUUAAAUUAGUAAAAAUUCAUCGAGCUAUCCGCUUUUCGCAAAAAAAAUGGAUGGCAUCAUACAUUGAGUUCUGUACAAAAAUGAGAGCAGAAGCAAAAAAUGAGUUUGAAAAAAAUUUCUGGAAGUUGUUAAUUAUUAGCGUUUUUGGUAAAUGUAUGAAGAAUGUCCGAGCAAGAACUUCUAUAAAACUGGUUUCAUCAGAAAAAAAAGCGUAUAAACUAAUGACAAAAACUAGUUUUAAAGACAGAACGAUAUACUCUAAAAAUCUCAUGGCUAUUCACCAACAUAAGGAAACUAUUAAAUUCGAUAAGGCAAUUUAUGUGGGAUUUGCAAUUUUAGACGUUUCGAAAACAUUUAUGUACGAUUUUCACUAUAAUGUCAUGAAGAAAAGGUAUGGUACUAAAAUUAGUUCUUUAUAUUCGGAUACUGAUUCCUUGAUAUACGCUAUUCAAACUACAAAUUUUUUCAAUGAUUUAAAAAAUGAUUUAUUACCAUAUUUUGAUACAUCUAACUAUCCCAAAGACCAUUAUUGUUUUAGCGAAUUACAUAAAAGUCAGCCAGGCUUUUUCAAGGAUGAAUUGAAAGGAAUUAUACUUAAAGAAUUCGUUUCAUUAAGACCGAAAUUAUAUGCGUACAAAACUGUAGACGGUACUGAGGAAAAAAAAGCAAAAGGCGAUAAAUUAACUCACAGGGUCAUGAAUUUUAUCCAAUCAAACAAACAUGUUGUUCAAUCGAAAACAAUGAACAAACUUGUUCUAAGCGCUAAUGACGAUAAACGUUAUAUAAAUGACGACGGGAUAAAUACUUUGGCUUAUGGUCACUACAAACUAGAUAAAUUAUAUUAUAAUUAA